ACGUGCGUACAAGCUUACUGAUGCAGCCGUUCGGUCCCUUGAACAUUGGGUUGGAUGCAGAAGAAGUGACGAGGCUGCUAUGCGGUACAACCUGGACCCAGGAGAUUAUGUCCUGCGUGAUGUAUGACGGGAACAUCGAGGAAGUCAACAAGAAACACACAGCAUUCCGUGUCCUCUUCCCGGAGAUGGACCUUCCAGCGUUUAUUAGGAAAACAAAAAAUCUGCCAGCUUGUUACGAAAUCGCCGAGGAGAUGCCUUCCCCACGGGUCCUCAAAACCCAUCUACCCAGCCAGCUCCUGCCUCCCCAGAUCUGGGAGAGACGCCCCAAGAUUGUCUACGUCAUGCGCAAUCCUAAGGACCUGACAGUGUCCUAUUUCUACUUUGCGAAAAUGAUCAACCCGUCACCAAAGUUGCGGAAUGACACUUUCGAGGAAUUCCUGAAUAAAAUGCUUACUGGAGACGGUAACACUUGGGGGGGGGGUUGUUUUUGUUUAGCUUUUGUGUUUUGCUGGAAUCUCUCAGUUUCUUACGGACCGUGGUGGGAUCAUUAUUUGUUCUUCUGGGAGAAACGCAACGACCCAAACAUUCUUGUGCUGAAAUAUGAAGACAUGAAGCAAGAUCCGAGAGGCUACGUUGAGAAAAUCAGUAAGUUCUUGGGCAAGAAUCUAUCAGCUGAGACACUGGAUGCCAUAACAGAGCACUGCAGUUUCGCGAACAUGAAAAAUAACCCUAUGGCCAACCCUGAUAGCAUGCUCCGUCACGAUGAGUCCCAAGGCGCCUUCAUGAGGAAAGGUGUGGUCGGGAAUUGGAAGUCCCAUUUCACUGUGGCUCAGAACGAGGUGAUGGACGCCCACAUCGAGGAGAAACUGCGUGGUACUGACCUCACCUUUGACUAUAAUUAG